AUGUCGAUCCGCCGCUUGCGCGCUUCGGAUUUUCGCGGAGUCCGCGAGCGCCGCUCUGGCGCCUUCUCCUCCGAGAUCUGGUUUCGCGAGAAACGUCUCAUCCUCGGCACCUUCGACACCGCAGAGGAGGCGGCCUACGCGCAUGACGCGGCCGCGUGGCGCCUCCUGAGGCAUCGUCCGAAUAUGAAUUUUCCCAACGUGUCGAGCCAGCGGGCCCAGGAUCUGGCGCCUCUCCCGCGGGUUUUCACCGACGAGGAUCUUCAUGUCCAUCGGAGGCGGCAGCGUCGCCUCGCCAUCGCGGAGAAGGAUGUGGAAGCCUUGGUGGUGUGGCGCGGAGGCUUCCCGCAGGACAUCAUCGACGAGCGCUAG